CUCCGCUGCGGCGGGGCCCGCGCGGCCAUGGCCACCCUGCGGCGGGACGGCCGGGUGACCGCGCUGCAGCGGCUGGGCUGCGCGGGGCUGGCGGGCGCGCUCAGCCUCAGCCUGACGGCGCCGCUGGAGCUGCUGACGGUGCUGGCGCAGGUGGGCACCUGGCACUGCCGGCGGGGGCUGCGCGAAGCCGGGCGCUGCCUGUGCCGCACCGAGGGCCUGCGGGCCCUCUGGAAGGGGAACCUCACCGCCUGCCUGCGCCUCUGCCCCUACAGCGCGCUCCAGAUCGCCGCCUCCCGCCGAUUUGUUAUACUUUUCACGGAUGAGCUGGGUCAUAUCUCCCACUGGAGAGCCAUCAUGGCAGGAAGUCUGGCUGGCAUGGUUGCAACCAUCAUGACAUACCCCACUGACGUGAUUAAAACGCGGCUCAUUGUGCAGAACCGACUGGAACCAUCUUAUGAGGGAAUUCUUCAUGCUUUUUACAAAAUUUAUCAUCAAGAAGGACUCCACGCUCUCUACCGUGGUGUUUCACCGGCUAUAUUAGGUGCUGUCCCAUUUUCUGCAGGCUCAUUCUUUGUUUACAUCAGUCUGGACAAAAUCUGGCAAGAGCCCGUAGUUCGGUUCACUCCUCUCCAGAACUUCAUAAAUGGCUGUGUAGCAGCUGGUGUGGCACAGACACUUUCUUUCCCCUUUGAGACUGUCAAGAGGAAGAUGCAGGCCCAGAGUCCGUGGCUUCCCCACUAUGGAGGAGUUGAUGUCCAUUUUACUGGCAUGGCUGACUGUUUCCGGCAAACUGUGAAGCACAAAGGUGUGCUUGGACUUUGGAGUGGACUCACACCCAGUCUGCUCAAGAUUGUCCCAUACUUUGGUGUUAUGUUUAGCACCUUUGAAUUCUGCAAGCGGGUCUGUCUGUACAGAAAUGGUUAUAUUGAAUCUCCCUUAAAUUACAAGCUGACUCCUGGCGUGGACCAGAGCUUACGGCCACAAGAACUGAGAGAAUUAAAGCGCCUCCGAAGGGAAAAUUUUGAGCCAAGGAAAUCGGCUCUUGAAAACUGACAUCAGAGUGUCCACUGCAGAUACACAAACUACCUUUCUUAAGGAACUUUGCAAGAAAGACAUACUGAGCUGCAGGUACCGGCUUUUCGGCGGAUUGCAUGAUUUUAGUACUGAGACACCUGUGACAGGAAAGAAUAAACCUUGUAUUUCAUUUGCUGACUGGAUAUAAACAAUAUAAAUAGCAGCCGCAUACUGAAGAGGAGACUUGCAACCCCUUUGAAAACUCUUUACUCGUGGAACUUGAAAUGGCAUUAUUUUAGGUGUUUUUUAAUGCCGAGUAGCCACUUGAGAUUAAAGCACUUGCAGAAAGGCAAGAGAACAGAGAUGAGAUUAUAAAUUGUAUCUUCAAAGCCAUUAAGAAAAAAUUCAAAUGGUUUUUCUUAAGCAAUCUGAGAUGCCAAGUCAGCCAAAAAUGAUAAAACAGACUAGAAUCCAUGCAACAUGCAAGAAUUUCUGCUGAAGUCUCCAGGUUUUUUAGUGAUGCUAUGUGGACAUGGCAUUCUGCCAAGCCAGAAUUAGUCUCAGUUCAGUUACACUCCCAAAUCCACGCCUCAGUUUCUGAGACUUACUCAAGAAUAAUAAUUGUGUGUGAAACUCCAGAACAAAGAUGAAAAUAUGCUGCUACAACUGUGCUUUUGCUAAGGGAGAACUGUAAUGUGCAAAAUGGACUGCAAUAUACUGGAACGACAAUCUUGCAAACUUAAGUGCAUACUAGGAGAUCUUCUUCCCUUUCUCGUGUGUUGUUACUGCACCUAUGUGAAUUAUUUCAGUUUGAAAAAUAGUUUUCCUGAAGUUCUCUAACUGAAAUAUUUCCUGAAAAAUGCAGUUCUUAGGUGUGUUAGGUAUUUCAGAGCCACGAGCCUUGUCGUGUUGUUUCGGUAUUCUUAAAGCUCUAUUUUUAUAUUAGAUCACCUUUUAGUUCUGUUGCACAGACCUAGGCCUGCUGUGCUGCCUGGAACGUACCAGCAGAAUAGCACCAUGCACACCACCUGAGAUUGCUCCACUUUAACUGCUGUGAUCCAGGAGCUGCAGACAGAUCCUGUAUGUAGGAACCUUUCUGCCGGACCACAAGGUUACUGCCAGUGCCAGUGCAGCUGAUGGGCCUCUGACCAACCUUGGACAAUAAAAGAUCAUCUUGGUGUUAUACCUGAGGACCUGUGAUAUUGCUCCAUUUCCUUUGUAGAAGUUCAGCUAUGGAACAGCCCCAUCCCAGUGUCUUCUGAUAGAAAACCCAAACCCUGUGUCCCCGUGGGAAGGUGGCUGUGCCCCCUGCAGCGUGUCUCAGAGGCUCAGGCUGUGGCAGGGUGGGAAUCACGGCAUCUUGGGAAAGGGUGCCCACACCAGCUCUGCUCCAGCCUGAGCUGCAGCAGCCUGGGUUCAGUACAGGGUUUGCUGCUGCUCUGCACAGCUCCCUGUGUGCAUUUUUGCACUGUUUAUAAUGCCUGAUGGGUGGAAAUAAGUAAAUCUCAGAAACUGCUUGGUUAGGACAGGUCACAGUGGGAUAAAGCACUGGCAGAUCGAUACAUGAAUAGUCUGUGACCGUGGAGAGAAACUUGCAAAAAGAUUUGGGAUAACUGUAGGGCCUACCCUGCACCUAACACUCAUUGCUGAUGUAUCCUACAGCUGAGGAUGGUAGAGAGGAGAUCUGGUGGCUUGUGCAUCACACUGAGGCUGUAAGUGCUUUGGCUCUAAUCAACCUGCCUAGUGAACAUGUUUCUCUGUGCCUCAGUUUCCCUAUCAGCACAGUGCAGGUAAUAAUGCUGGGACCUAUUGGAGAUGUAUGAAUAAGAUGUGACUUAUAAGUGUGUUGGGAAGGAAUGGAUUUCUUACCUUGUCCCAACAUACCUGUAUGUUUUUACUGAUACUGUAUUUCUGAAUAGAUUUAAAGAUUGAACGAUGGGUGCAUAUGAAUAUCUGAUCAGCUCUUCAAACCUCAUAAGAGUCAAGUGAGUCAAAAAGGUACCUCUAACUUGUUUCUGAUGUGCUAAUACCACCUUUCUAUUGUAAUGCACUCCUACGACCUAUAAAUCACUUACUAACCUUUUAUCAA